AUAACGAGGUGGGUGGAUCAGCUGUUUCACGUCAAAGAGGUUAGGUUAAGUCAAAAAUGGUCAUCCAAAAAGAGCAUAUUACCGGUUACGACGCCUUCUGCGAAUUUUUCAAAACCUUCGACAGUCAAGGCAAAAAUGUUCACGUUUAUUUUUCCGGCUCGAAAUUACCGAGCGGUGAAAGUUGGUGCGACGACUGUCAAAGAUCUUGGCCCGUGGUGGAGAAAGUAUUAAAAAAGUUGGAAGAAGACGAAAAAGAAAAGGAUUCCAUUUUUAUUAGUGUGGAUGUUGGCGACAGACCUACGUGGAAAGAUCCCCAAUCAUCAUUCCGAACGGACAAACGUACAAAACUCAUGGUCAUUCCAACCCUGUUGCGCUGGGAGAAGCCACAAAGACUGAUUGGAGAUCAAUGUGAGAAGGAAGACUUAGUGGAGAUGCUCUUUACAGAUGAGGAUGAUUAAUAAAGCAAUUUUCUUAAACAUUUAUUUUUAUAUCAACUUAAUAAAAUAGCUAUUCCAAUUAAAA